CUUAGCCGGGCUAUUACUAGCAGGUGGGCGUAAACGGAGACGAGUUGCUUGGCAUUCUGUGUUUUGAAAUACGGGUUUCAGAUUUUCUCCGGAGCUUGUCUACACGUCGCUACGCUGUCGAUCGUCGCUAGUCGUUCGUUGAGUCAGUGAGAGAAUCUCGUCGCGUCGAAUCGACGUCUAUGGAGGCAGUCGGCGAAUCGAAGAUCGUGAAAGAGGGAUGGCUUUUGAAGCGAGGCGAGUAUAUCAAGAACUGGAGAAAGCGUUACUUUCAAUUGAAAAGCGAUGGCGCUUUCAUUGGUUUUAAGUCGCCGCCCGCAGGAGGCAUCAACGAGCCUCUCAACAACUUCACCGUUGACAAGUGCCAAAUAAUGCAGGUGGACAAACCGAAGAAGAACACUUUCAUUAUAAGGUGUUUACAAUGGACUUCGUUCGUCGAGCGCACGUUCCAUACUGACACACCGGAUGACAGAAAGUCAUGGGUUACUGCCAUCGAAGAGACAGCAGAGGCUUUGAGGAAGAAAGGGAGAAUGAAUUCGUCAUCGUCUGCACAGUCAGACUUGGUUGAAAUACAGUCCAAAAAACUUGAGGACUUCGAGAUGCUCAAAGUUUUAGGCAAAGGAACAUUUGGGAAGGUAAUGCUUGGUCGAGAUAAAGAAACGAGGGAACUUUUUGCUAUCAAGAUUUUGAAGAAGGAUGUUAUUAUUGAGAAGGAUGAAGUAGAACACACUCUCACUGAGAAUCGAGUUCUCCAGUCGAUGCAGCAUCCGUUUCUCACUGCAUUGAAGUAUUCGUUCCAGACAAAAGACAGACUCUGUUUUGUAUUGGAAUACGUAAAUGGCGGAGAGCUUUUCUUCCAUUUGUCACGUGAACGUGUCUUCUCUGAGUCGAGAACUCGAUUCUACGGAUCGGAAAUCUGUUUAGCGUUGAAGUAUCUUCAUGAGAAGGAUGUCGUGUAUCGAGACUUGAAGCUAGAGAACUUGUUGUUGGAUCGUUUUGGUCACAUCAAGAUUACCGACUUUGGUCUGUGUAAACAAGAGAUCACAUUCGGAACUACGACGACGACAUUCUGCGGCACUCCAGAGUAUCUAGCACCAGAGGUGCUAGAAGACAAUGACUACGGUCGCUCAGUGGACUGGUGGGGUCUCGGUGUCGUCAUGUACGAGAUGAUGUGCGGCAGAUUACCGUUCUACAACAGAGAUCACGAAGUCUUGUUUGAACUCAUCAUGAUGGAACAAGUAAAGUUUCCUGCUCGUGUUACGGAUCUCUCGAAGAGCAUCUUGGGUGGACUGCUGGUCAAGGAACCCAGUAAGAGAUUAGGAGGAAGUAGACGCGAUGCAGAGGAGGUAAUGGAGCAUCCUUUCUUUGGUGAAGUCAACUGGCAGGAUCUUUAUGAUCGCAAGGUUAGUCCUCCGUUCAUUCCUCAGAUCAAGUCUGAAGACGACACGUCAAACUUUGACGAAGACUUCACAUUGGAACCAGCAAGACUCACACCAACGGAAGAGAGUGCUCUCACAUCGAUCACCGAAGAGGAUGAUGAUCAGUUCACCGAAUUCGGCUUCACUGGUCCGGACAACUGAAUGUGAACGUCGUGGACAUAAUUGGUAAAAAUGAUACUGUUAGCCGUAUUCUAGUCGUAACAGGUGACAAAUUCAUUGCUUUUCUACAUACUGCUAUUGCUUUGUCUGUACUGUAGUGCUGCUGUGGGCAUGCAGCAGUCAGGUUCAUGCAUAUCGACGUGAGAUCGUUUGUCACGUUCUAUUAUUUAGUGUUAUACUGUACUCUGUUGUCAGCAUAGCAAUUUGAUUUAGAUUAGAGCUA